CUCGGCACUCAGACGGAAACAGACAAAGGCGAGGGGAGAGACGGCGUGCCGCUAUCCUGCAGCAUCGACUCACAUACUCACAUCCACUCCCCCACACACUCCGCAAUCAGCGACGCAGACUCUCUGGAGCUGGUCACCACCACCACAACACAUCUGUCACAACCACCAUAACUUUCAGGCAUCAUGGAGCUAGACUUUGGACAUUUUGACGAGCGAGACAAGGCCUCUCGUACCCCACGGGGCGGGCGCAUGAAUGGACUCCCCAGCCCUACUCACAGCGCCCACUGCAGCUUCUACCGCACACGCACCCUGCAAGCCCUCACCAAUGAGAAGAAAGCCAAAAAGGUGCGCUUCUACCGCAACGGAGACCGCUUCUUCAAGGGCAUUGUGUAUGCGGUUGCCAACGACCGAUUCCGCACCUUCGACGCUCUCCUUGCUGACCUGACGCGCUCGCUUUCUGACCACAUCAAUUUGCCACAGGGUGUGCGCUUCAUCUUCACCAUUGAUGGCUCACGCAAGAUCGGAACCUUGGAUGAGCUGGAGGAAGGGGAAAGCUAUGUUUGUGCAUCAGAGAACUUCUACAAGAAAGUUGACUACACAAAGAAUGUCAACCCCAACUGGUCUGUGAAUGUAAAGGCCUCAGCAAGCCAGAAGAAUAUGCAGUCCUUAGCUGCCAAGGCUGCCGGCGAUCCCAGGGAGAGCAAGGACUUUAUUCGACCCAAGCUUGUAACGGUGAUGCGCAGCGGUGUGAAGCCACGCAAAGCUGUCCGCUUCCUGCUCAACAAGAAAACCGCACACUCCUUCGAGCAGGUCCUCACUGACAUCACGGAGGCCAUUAAACUGGAGAGCGGCGUCGUCAAGAGGAUCUACACGCUGGAUGGCAAGCAGGUUACUUGCCUUCAAGAUUUCUUUGGUGAUGACGACGUCUUCAUUGCAUGUGGACCGGAGAAGUUCCGCUACGCACAGGACGACUUCUCUCUGGAUGAGAAUGAAUGCAGAGUGAUGAAGGGACCGAAAGCUCAGCGAGGUUCAGCCAAGAGUCCUGGUCCCAUCAAGCGCAGCAAGUCUCCUGCUGAAUCGACCAACGGGACAGGCUCCAGCAGCCAGCUGUCCACCCCGAUUUCCAAGCAUUCCCCCACCUCCACCCCUACCAGUCCAGGCCUCAACAGCAAACAGAAGGAUCUGUACCUGCCCCUAUCUCUGGAUGAUGAUGAUUCUCUUGGUGAAUCAAUGUAGACUCUGCUCCUGCUGCCAGCCUCCCCCCUUUUUUUUUUUUUUUUUUUGGUCAGAUACACAGAAGUUUUAUACCUCUGCUGCUUCACUCACAGUGCCACCUGUUUAGUAGAACCACUCUCUUUUUUAAGGCCUUAGCCUACAGGGCUAUGACACCAUUUGCUGCUUGAGAAUUUUUUUUUUAAAUAAUCAGUUUUCUUGUCACAAUCGGCUCACUGUUUCCAGGUUUGUUUCUAUGUGGAGGAUAGGCACUGUUUCUCAAAAGGUUGCAUUGCACAGAUCACUGUCAUACAGAUUUCAGUGUUUAGAAUAAAACAAAAACACCACCCCGAAACUUAAAUAUUUCAGUCACAGAAUUCCAAGCAGCAAAUGGGCACUUUUUUGUUCUUUUUUUUUGUUUAGGGGUGUUGAUCAGAACUGACUCAACUUUUGUAUCACUUAUCGUAUUUGUGAUGUUCCUCCAUGUCCUCCUGUCCUUCCACCCGAUAGUUAAAGGUGUGAAAGGUUUCUUGUCAGAGGAAGUCUGUUAAGCCAGUUUUAGUCUUUCUAACCUGCUGUAAAUACUAUGUAUAGCUAUCCACCGUAACAUCUCGCCCAAUGUCCAUUGCCGUGCUUCCGUAAUGUCACUAUAAUGUCUAACAGUUGCUGAACGUGAUACAGGGUACGGUCAAAGUAAAAGGGAAAAACCAUAACCUCACUUGGAGAGGAUGUGUGGGAUGCAGCCCUGACGGCACCUCCUCAAUGACUAUUCAUCUUCCCAGCUUGGUGUAUGUAUAGAAGAGGUUAUAAAACACUCAAAAACCUCAUGCCUUUUAAAUACCGUUCAUCCUGUCCAAUCAGAUAAAGCAUCCCGCAACUCUUCAAGUUGGUGUCUCCUUUAUUUUGACCCUCUACACAGACAGUAGGCUUUACAUGGUGCAUACCCCUCUGUGUUCAAGAUUUUCACAAAGUGGCAGCACAUGAUGAUGAUGAAACUUUGGGCACCUAAAAAAAAAAAAAAGCAAUUUUUUUGAAGGACCUAACUGUGCAUAAAAACAACCAAAGGAAGAUCCAACAGGCCCUUCUGAAAAAAAGCCAACGCACAAUUAGUAUACAGUUUUUAUCGACAGUCUGAAGAAUCCUUUUUUUGAACCAGUUUAUCACAUUUUACAGUGUACUUAUUAAAGUGAUUUCACAGCAAGUAGUGUUGACAUUUUAUAGCUUGAUUGAAAUACUAAAUAAAUAAUAAUAAAAAAAACUAAAGGUCUCAAAGCCAAAGUUUCUUUUUUAUUUCUUUUUUAUUUCUUUUUUUCUUUUUGACCAAGACUUAUAAAAGGAGGGAGUAUGUCAUUUUUAGCAGUUAUAAAAUAUUGUGGAAGAAGCACACCGGGAGUUUUAUGCAUGUUACUUUCAAAAGCAUCAAAAUAUGUCAUGCUUAAAUCAUGCUCAUCUGAGGCAAUUAGUUUUAUCAGGGCGCUAACAGUAGUGGGAUAUCUCCCGUUUGCAUGGCUCAGCAUAGUUCUCCAUUUACUUGGGGUGUGUGUGUGUGGGGGGGGUGGGUAGGAUGAAAACUUAACUGUUGUCUAAAUCUAUGUGUGGGUUUUAAAUUUUUAUAAAAAUUAAUUU